GGAGGGUGGGGUUUGGAAAUUGACCAGAAAGAAUCACAAAAGAGCUCUCUGGUAAUGGGAACACUCUAAUAUGAAUUGGGCUGACUGUUGCAUGUACAUGGACAUCUCUCUAGUACAUCAAGAAGUACAGUUGAGAUCUGUGCAUUUUACUCUAGGUAAAGUAUACUUCAAUAAUAUCUUGAAUAUGAUAUUUUAAGGAGGGGGAGGCUCAGGGACCUUUAUUCAAAACAAAACAAAAAGCUCUCUCUGCCGAAGAAGUUCCUACCACGUGCAGAAGGAAUUCUCGCAAUUAACACGCUCUCGGCUCCCCUAAUCCCAGGCCCUGAUAGUUUCUCCUGUUGUUCUGAUCAUAAAUCAUCUCCACCUCCUGGGCUGGAUUAUUUCAGGUUGCAUACCUGCGCAGAAUGCACCCACCGAAUUAUCCUGCCAGUUUAAACCCAGCGGAAGAGUAGCUUUUCUUGCUUAAGCCAGAUGUGGAAGUGGAAAGGGAGUUGGGGUUACAGUAGGAGGGUUAAAGAUUAGACAGGACUCCUGGCUAGGGAAUUGACCUUUGACCACAGAUAAAUAACAGCAGCCAAAGCGCAGCCCGCGCCUCCCCCUGCCCCCCCCUUCCGUAGCCCCCGCUGUGUGAGAAGAGAUACCAGGCUCUCAGGGCGACAGGAGGGAAGGAGAUGUAGGAGGAAGCUGCUGGAGAGCAGAAAGGAAAGAAAAGAAGGAACCAAAGAUCGAAGAUCGGUUGCCUGGAACACAGCAAAGUGUCUGCGCACUGUCCGUAUCACCCCUGCUCAGCGCCCCAUGCCAUGGAUAUAAUAUUUGGCAGAAAUAAGAAGGAGCAGCUGGAACCUGUGAGGGCCAAAGUGACAGGCAGGAUUCCCCCCUGGCUGCAGGGCACCCUGCUCCGCAAUGGGCCUGGAAUGCACACAGUGGGGGAGACCAGAUACAACCACUGGUUUGACGGCCUGGCCUUGCUCCACAGCUUCACAAUUAGAGACGGUGAAGUCUGUUACAGGAGCAAAUACCUAAGAAGUGAUACCUACAAAGCCAACAUCGAGGCCAACAGGAUUGUUGUGUCAGAGUUUGGAACGAUGGCCUAUCCGGACCCCUGCAAAAAUAUAUUUUCCAAAGCUUUCUCCUACUUGUCCCAUACCAUCCCCGAUUUCACAGACAACUGCCUGAUUAACAUCAUGAAGUGUGGAGAAGACUUCUAUGCGACCACAGAGACCAAUUACAUCAGGAAAAUCAACCCACAGACUCUGGAGACCCUGGAGAAGGUUGACUAUCGCAAAUACGUGGCUGUAAAUCUGGCAACAGCACAUCCCCAUUAUGAUGCAGCCGGAAAUGUUCUGAACAUGGGCACAUCCAUCAUGGACAAGGGGAAGACAAGAUAUGUGGUCUUUAGGAUCCCUGCCGCUGUACCAGAGGACAAGAAGGGGACGAACCCCUUGAAGCACACGGAGGUGUUCUGCUCCAUCACUUCCCGCUCCCUACUCUCCCCGAGCUAUUACCACAGCUUCGGAGUCACCGAGAACCACAUCGUUUUCCUUGAGCAGCCUUUCAAGCUGGAUAUCCUCAAAAUGUCAACCGCGUACAUCCGGGGAGCAAACUGGGCCUCCUGCCUGGCCUUCCACAAGGAGGACAAGACUUACAUUCAUGUCAUCGACCAGAGGACCAGGAAGCCUCUGCCCACCAAGUUUUACACGGACCCCAUGGUGGUCUUUCAUCACGUCAACGCCUACGAGGAAGAUGGCUGCCUUCUGUUUGACGUCAUCACCUACGAGGACAGCAGCCUUUACGAGCUCUUCUACUUGGCCAACCUGAACCAGGACUUUGAGGAGAACUGCAGGCUCACCUCCAUCCCCACCCUCAGGAGGUUCGCCGUGCCCCUCGGUGUGGACAAGAAUGCAGAAGUGGGCUCAAAUUUAAUCAAACUGACAUCUACAACAGCAAAAGCCCUAAAGGAAAAAGAUGACCAAGUCUACUGCCAGCCAGAGUUGCUUUAUGAAGGCUUAGAGCUGCCUCGGAUCAAUUAUGCUCACAAUGGGAAGCGAUAUCGCUACGUCUUUGCUGCCGAAGUUCAGUGGAGUCCUAUCCCAACCAAGAUACUGAAAUACGAUGUUCUCACAAAGUCAUCCUUAAAAUGGGGACAGGAGCAUUGCUGGCCAGCAGAACCCCUCUUUGUCCCCACACCGGGUGCCCAGGACGAGGAUGAUGGGAUUAUCCUAUCAGCCAUCGUCUCUACCGAUCCCCAGAAGCUGCCUUUUCUGCUUAUUCUGGAUGCCAAAAGUUUUACAGAAUUGGCUCGUGCAUCCAUCGAUGUAGAGAUGCACCUGGACCUCCAUGGGUUAUUCAUCCCGGACACAGAGUGGGACGCGAGGAAGCCGGCCCUUUCCCAGGAAGAGCGGGACAGGGCUCCAGACAGCUGCGGGGCCCCGCAGGCCUGACUGGGGUAGGGCCUGGGCUCUGGGCCCUGGGCAGAAGGGCCCCACUGGCAGGCUCCUGCAGGACUGCGGGCUUGCUUCCUCUCUGGGUGAAGGGACUGCAGGCUUGCUUCCUCUCUGGGUGAAGGGGAGGUCCUUCAUUUCGUUUGCACUUCUUCUUUCUGUGGUUGCUUUGAGACAAAGGUGUGGAAAUCCUGCUUGUUAGUAUCUUUUCUUUCCACUUAUUUUGGCCAUAAAGACCUUGUUUGAAAGUGGAUCAAUAUUUAUUGAUUAGCUCAAGCCCUUCUAAGAAAGCCUUUUUCAUUAUGACAAUGAUAGUGACUAGAAACUGUACUAAGUCACAUAGUCAGCCUUCUUAGAACGAGCAACCACUGACAUCUCAGAGGAGAGACAAGUAAACAUCCAUCGCUUCUCCUUCCUGCCGCCCCUUCUCGCCCUCUUGCCAGUAGACUAGCUUGUGGAUCUAGGAGCUGUAGCUUUCUCCACUGUGACUUUAGUAAAUUAUGUGGCCAGGAAGGCAUAUUGCUUUGGGGUCAUUCCAUGCAAGGUAUGGCAUAAUUUAAAAUAAUAAAAACUUUGAAGUCUGCUCUAACCUUAUUUAAUUUUUCCAUGGCUUCUUUCUUCUGAAGUUCUUCUAAGGCAAUAAAAUAGAGGAGCUGGACAGUUUGUAGCCUGCUAGAUGCCCCACUGUACACCAGUGGGACGGCAGACUGGUGUGGGUAUCCCCCUCUGCAGGACAAGGGUGAGGGGCUGGACACUCACCCAGCUCGCCAUGGCCAGGGGGCUGGAAUCCAGGAUUGAGGCCCAGGCCUGGGCUGGCAUGAGGAGUUCUUGCCUAGCUGAGAACGAUGGCAGUGAGCCAUCCCACUGUCUGUAUGGGAAAGGAGGUUCCCCAAGCUGAAUGCGCUGCCAGGAUGGGCUAGGUGUCUGCACAGAGGUGAUGGUAGCGACGGUGGAAGCUGGGAACAAGCCCAGAAGCGUCCCAAGUGAGCACCGGGAGCUUCACAGAUAGUCGAGUCUCACCUUUGUGGUCUAGUGGGUGCCUGGUUUAGACACCCAAACGCAGGCUGGAUAAUUCCAACAUGCCCAUGUCAUAGGAUUGGGGGAGCUGGGAGCCCACCCUCAUUCUGCACCUGCCUCCUGCCGUAAGUCUGAAUUUCAUUCGGUCACCAGUAUGGAUUCAGUGACAUGUCUUGAGGGCAGGAAGGAAUCUCCGGCGACACUGCAUGGAGUACCCCAGAGGGGGCAGCCCUCUCAAGGGUAGUCUUGGCUUUUGCCCUCUGGCCACCAUGAAGCCAUACUUAGCUCGACUCACAUGUAGGCUCCAUCUGGUCUGGGGUUUGGGUUUUGUUUGGGGGAGUGGGUUUUUUUUGGACAUUUUUAUUGGCCUAAUUGUAGAUUCAUGUGCAGUUCUAAGAAAUAAUACAAAAGAGAUCCUGCAAGGACUUUACCAGGUUUUCCCUGGAAAAUGCUGCAGCAUUAUAGUACAGCAGGACGACCUGGACACUGAUUCAGUCCACAGAUCUUUUCAGAUCUCUCAUCUGGUACUCAUUGCUAUGUGUAUUUAGCUCUGUGCAAUUUUAUCAAAGCUGUUUUAUAAAUGGAAUCACCUUUGAGGAUUGACCUUUCCCAGCAGAACUGCUUGGAGAUUCAUCCCUGCUCUGUGUUGGGUGGUUUUGUUCACUGCUGUAUCCUCCGCACCUAGAACACUGCCUG